AUGUGGUCCAUGUUUCCCGGCGUGGCCCAUUGGCUAGUCAAUCUCGGAAGGACUGUAAAUCCCGGCGUGGCCCAUCCUCCUCGCGGGGCAGCCAAGUUCUCUAAACCCCUUGCGCACCUCCGAUCCACCGAGAAACCCGACGCCGUCCUUAACUUCAUGAGAUCUCAGGGCUUCGGUGGCGCCGCUAUCAGGAAGGUGAUAUCUUGGGAACCCAAUUACCUGUGCUACAACGUGGAGACGAACCUCGCCCCGAAGUUUCAGUUCUUACGCGAUUUGGGCCUAUCGGAGUCUGACAUCGUCGAUGUCAUCCGGAAUAACGAUGACAUCCUCCGCCGCAACGUUCACCGUUCCUUGGCCCCCAAAUUGGAGAUAUGGGAAAGUCUCUUGGGAUCGAGAGAGCUCGUUCUCAAGCAUCUCAAGAAGAAAAUGUGGUUUCUCAGCUCCAGCAAACCAGAGUCACUCCGAGUUUUGGUGGCGAGAGCCGAUGAGCUGGGGAUGCCACGUUUAUCUCGGAUGUUCGUGUGGACACUUGAUGUUCUCCAAAUGAAAAUGGAAUUUUUUAUCAAUAUAGUCGGGUACACCCCUUCCUUCAUCGCCUCCCAACCAACUAUCUUGCUAUAUGGUCUGCAGAAGAGGAUUGUUCUACCUUACAAAGAAAAGGUUCCUGAACUUCUUGAUAUUUUGAGAGCAGGAGCUGAGAGCAGUGAUUCAGCACAUUUUUCCUUGACAACAAGCUGUCUUACAUCAACCACCAGCCUUGGCUACUGA